GACGAUUUCGACAUCGACAAGCCCUGGGAUGAGAUCGUGCUGGACAUCGCCGCCGGCCGGGUGAACAGGAAAAAGGUCUUCGAGACGCCGGUGACGGUGCUGUGCAAGCACCUGCCGGAUCUGGUGCUAGAGCGCACGAAGAAAUACUUCGAAACGAAGCAGAUCCGCCUGCCGAAGGAGCCGAUCAGCAUUUCGGGAAAGACGAAACAGCACGAGACGCACGAGACGGUGUCCGAAAUCACGGGCACCGCGAUUCCCGCCUACUUCGAGUUUCAGCUGACCAAGGGCCGCAGUCUGGCGAUCCUGCAGGCGCUAUCCUAUGUAAAAACGUUCCCACCCCAUAGUCAAGAUGAGGACUCGGCUAGACAAAUCCACAAGUUUUGGCUGUUUUGCAUGACAAAUUUGGACUCGUAUUGUAGUGCUGUCCGAGCUAGCUCAGCAGCGUCACAGAUCUAGUAUAUCACGCUGAUUGGAGCAUGACAAAUUCCAAAACACGACUGGAAAACACUUCUCAUAGGGCUCCGCAUGAGAAACAUUCUCAGCAUGCAGAUUAGCAUGACAGCUCUGGGGUGGGGGCGUUUUUACACAGGAUGGGCGCUGUUCAGCGCGGAGGCUCGGCAUCCCG